GGCAGCCAUUUCGACGCUCUUAGACGCUCUUUCACGCUCACGAAGAAUUUGUCGAGGCACAAGCUCGAUUGCGUUUGUCGCGUUCGCAAAUCGUUGUCGUUUAUAAUCAGCGUUCUUCUUCAUGAAACACUCCACUUUGGUGUAGCAAUUCGGGUUUUAGACGACUUGGUGUGUGUUAGGUGUCAAGGACAAAUUUGGCCUCUUCGGUGGAUUUUGCACAAUGAUAUAGUGCAGUUAACUACUUUUCUGCUUCUACAUUUCAUUGUUCUUCGCUGAUGAUUUGCUGCUUGGUCAUCUUUGUUCUCAAUCAACUCUUAUCUUUCGUCGUACGUUUUAGCUGAGAAAAAGAAAAAGAGAGGGAGAGUAUAAAGAAGAAAGAAGUUUCUAAAAUCUAAAAGAUACAAGCGUCAAACGAUUGAAAAUGAGCGUCAUAAUCAGACUGCAAAAUCUGGCGUGGUCCGCCAAUGCAUUGGACAUACGCCAAUUUUUUAGAGGCUUGAGUAUCCCAGAAGGAGGGGUCCAUAUUGUUGGCGGCGAGUUGGGAGAUGCAUUUAUCGCAUUCAGCACCGAUGAAGAUGCCCGGCAGGCAAUGAUGCACGAUGGCGGAAAAAUCAAAGAAAUGAAGAUCAAGCUGCUAUUGAGUUCACGUACUGAGAUGCAAAAAGUAAUCGAGGCUGCUCGACAGCAGACUUUAAGUUUACAAUGCAUCAUGCAAACCGCGCCGGUGGCAGUACCGGCUGUAGUUCCUAGCAAACAGCCCGGUUCGCCAACAGACAAAAGAGACAAGGAUAAUGACAGCGAGUCCAGCAAGGACCGAAAGGAUAGGCGCGAUCGAUCGAGAUCACGAGACCGGUCACGGUCGCGCGACCGCGACCGUGACAGAGAUCGUCGCGAUCGGGACCGUGGAAGAGACCGACGGCGACGGGAUCGCAGUAGAUCGCGGGACCGGGAACGCGAUAGACGAGACCGGCGUCGACGCCGAGAUCGAUCCAGAUCACGCGAUCGCACGAGAUCGCGCGAUCGUGAUUCGAAAAGAAACUCUACUAAUGACAGGCGCAAGGAUGCUAACGAGGAUGACAACAGUGAGGUCGUAUGCGUCGGUCAGUUUCACAAGGAUAAGGCAUCGGCGGGUACGUCGAAAAAACCACUUGAGAAUGGUGUAUGGGAGGUUCCGCCACAGACGCAGAUGCAGGCCGCUCUGUUGGCACCGAGUAUCUUGGGUGCUGGCGUCGCCGCUUUGUCUCAGGACUCCGAGAGCCAGCGUUCAGCCAUGACCGGCUUUGGCACACCUGUGCUGGGCCAACAACCAAUAUUGCAAUCUGGACAGUUUUCUAUAAACGGUCUUAACGGCGUUGGCAAUCUCAUGCAACCGCAUAUACAGACGCUCGGACAUACAGUGGGCGCGAUGACGUCGUUACCGCAGAAUCUCAACACCGCGACCAAUCUGCCCAGUUUGGGUGGUCUAGGAACUCGUCCCAAGGAACCCUGGAGUCAGAACGAGCAGGGCAGAAUGGAGCAGACCGGGCGAUUCUCCGGCCGAUCGAAUCAAUUCGGUAAUCAGGAAUAUGGUACCACUGGCAAUUACCGCGGUACCAGACCGAACAAUAAUCCCUUCCUGAACAAGGUGCAAGAGCUCGAGGGCCGUCGUAAUCCACACGCGUUUCAGGCUGCCGCCUCCAACUUCGGCAACUACGACAACGAAUCCGGUAGGCCAACAUCCGGUAGAAAGUCCGGCAACUCGAGAUUCUCCGGCAACGAGAAUAAAAAUGGCAGCGGUGGAGGCUAUUGCGUGGAAGUACGCAAUAUGCCGUUGAACGCGACGUAUGCGGAUUUGCGCCACGCGUUCCAUGGUAUUUACAUCAGAAAGGACGGCAUGAAGAUAAUCAAUGAUAAUCACGGUAACCGUGUGGGCAUCGCUUAUAUCAAGUUUGGCAAGGCCGAAGGCAAAGAACUUGCGCUGAGCACAACAAGAUACGUGCGAGGCUCCGAGGUGGAGGUACUCGAUUUGGACGAGAGUAUCUUCGAUAAAGCGGUGAAUUCUUACUCUCCCGAGAAUAGGGAGGACGGAAACACCGAUGGCGACGUUAGGAACUCUACGUGCAUCCUGCUGACCGAUCUACCGUCCUUCACCAAGGAAAUGGACAUAGCUAAGUUGUUCCACGACUGGAAAAUCAACGAUCUCUUCAUCACUAAUACCAAGGAGACCGGCACCACUCAGUGUACGGCUUACGUGCAAUUCGCGCGACUCGAAGACACUAAGUCAUCGCUGAGCACGCCGCUCAAGAUCGGUAGCAAGCAGGUGACCGCGACCGCGAUCAGUGAAGAAAAGUUCGCGCAGGCAAAGCGCGAGCACGAACAAGCGAGCAUGAACCAAACGGAUUGUAUUCUCAUGCGCGGCCUACCAUUCCAAACAAUCGACCGCGACAUUUUCGAUUUCUUCUCGGACAUUGGCAUUGUGCCACUCUGCAUUCACAUGAUGCUCAAUCAGCAGGGUAAACCGGCCGGCGAAUGCUUUUGCGAGUUUGAGUCAGCCGAGAAGGCGGAGCGCGCCAUUACCAAAAAUGGCUUACCGCUCGGUAAAAACAUCCCCACUAUUGAGCUGGUACCACGCGUCAAGAUGCUCGAAACUCUUGGAAUGAUGGAGGCGCAGCAGCAAACACAGCAACAGCACUUCCCGAUGCAGCAGGAGCAACAUCAGAGACCGCCGCGCUUCUCCGGUCCGAUGGGCCAUAUGCUGCGCUUUGGCAACACCGGCUUCGGACCUCGUUGCCCACCCGGCGGCUUAAUGGGUAUGCCACGUCACAUGAUGGGCCGCCAUCCACCACCGUCCUUAGACUACGUUGAAGCUUUCGGCAAACCUGGCUGCGUGCUGUCGCUCGAGAAUGUGCCGUUCAAGGCAGACAUCAACGAGAUUAUUGAGUUCUUCGGUGACUUUGAUGUGAAACGAGAAAACGUAAUUCGUCGCUACAAUGAGAGGGGUAUGCCGACGGGUGAUGCGCGCGUGGCCUUCUCGUCGCCCAGUGAGGCACAGCGAGCGCUCAAGGAACUUAAGCAUUGCAAGAUGCGAGAGCGUACGAUAUAUAUGAAAGUGGCGUGAGAGCCAUCGUUUUGCCGUGGAGAGGCUGGUGACAGUGCAUAAAAGCGACAUCGUCACUGUACAUAUCCGGUUAUAUCCGGAAUCGAAUGUAUUUGCUUGAAGCUCUUUGUGCGGAACGAACGCAAUAUAUUCAAUAGAACGUCUUCGGAGAAUUAAUGUAAGAGACGGUUUUAUACAAGAGAAUUCCUUGCUUAUGAAAAAAUAAGCGUCCAUAUUAAGAUGCUUUAUAAUAGAAUGUCUUCUCCAGUGUGAGUGAGACUGACUAUAUUUCCUGUUAAACUCGCACCGAUCUAUGUGUACAUAGAAUACAUAAACUUAAGGACUUACGAUUCUUCAUUUAUCUAUUCAUAUCAUGACUGAUAUACCGCCCAAGUUGGUUUUUGUCUAUUGUAAUUAAAAGCAUUUAAUCGGUUACUUUACUAUUGCGUCAAAGGUUAUAUUUCAAGCACGAUUGUAACAUGUCUAAGAGAAAAACGUAUUUGCCACGUUUAAUACGACGCUGAAAAUAUAGAUGGUCCGUAUAAUUACCAAAAGGCAUGGACAAAUGGACACUGUGGAUGUAAAGAAUUUCAUUAUCUCUCUUAUUUUUCAUUGUAAUACCAAAUAACGUUUUAAUUAUGGAAACGGAAGAAGCAGAGUACAAAGUUAGAAAUUCUUGAAUGAUUGCGUUUACUUUACUUUGCGUUUGCUGACAUGGACUAAUAUUAGAACUCGAACGCAACUCGGAAACGAUAAAGAGGGCAAUCUUUGUAAAAAAAAUGAAUACAUUGUGUACGUUACAUAUAUCAUAUAUGUACAUUACACGCGCGCGCGCGCGCGUGUGUGUGUGUGUGUGUGUGUGUGUAUAAAAUAUAUAUUAUUACAUAACUGACAUAAUGUACAUAUAUUCAUGAUAAAUAAUACAUGUGUAUACAUGCAGACAUUAAAUGUAUAUAAAGAUUACGCACUACAAUCUUGCGCAUUCGUACAUCUAUCGCGAUUGGACUUGUGUAAAAUAACGAACAAUACACUAAUAAGUUUAUAGAUGUGCACGAUCACACAUUGUCAUAAACUUAUGUUACGAUAACAAACACUUGAAGAAUUCAAUAAAUUUUUAUUCAAAUC